AUGUCGGCCAUUAGGCUUGUUAGCAAGUCUUUGAUACGAGUAUGUGGUCCAGAAGCUACAAAUUUUCUUCAAGGCAUUGUUACAAAUGACAUUUUGUAAGUUUUUUAAUUUUUUUCUUUGAUUUUAGGUAAAAAUUGAUGCAUGAACGUUUUCGUUGAUGUUAACAUGGAAAGAACGAAAAUUGUAAAGCGGUAUUAGGCUUAAAAGGUGCGCAUUUACUUUGGCAUUGCUAUUUUAUACAAUUUUGGAGAAAUUGGUGCAAAAACUAUUGUUUUUGAUAGAUUUUCUUGACCCCUAUGUUAAGGUCCUAUGAUAACAUACAAAACUGGUCUCCAGGGAAACGGAGAGCACUUUUUGCUCCGGAAACCUUUCUAAUUAGCUGUCUUAAAGGUUAAACUUGUUUAUUCAUGUAAAACUAACCUAAGUAAAACAAAUUUUAGUAAACUACAGACCGAAAAGAUGUUGUACUCGUUCAUUUUGGGGCCGCGAGGUCGGAUCGUCACUGAUCUGUUUAUAUAUUCUCAAGAACCGGACAACUACCUGUUAGAAGUGGACGCGUUGGACCGCCAAAACUUUCUCCGAACGCUUACAUUGUAUCGUUUGAGGAAAAAGGCCGAAUUAUUGCCAGAUGAUACACCUAUCAACUUUGUUCAAGAUAAGGUGGAUGGAGCGCUUGAAGACCAACGUGCUAAAGGUUUUGGCUACCGAAUCUUGGGUGAUAUUGAAGCAUCAACGAGUGAAGAUGAGUAUCUUGAUAGGAGGAUGGAUUUUGGGAUUCCUGAAGGUCGAGACGAGCUGUUUGAUCAGAUACCUUUGAAUGUUAACGGGGAUAUUAUGAAUGGAAUCAACUUUGAUAAAGGUUCGUCUUUGCUUUUUCUCUUCAAACUUAGGUUAUUUUUGAGGUUUACAAAAGGUGUUAGACGAGUUUAAACAAGAUAUUGAAAUUUUUGAUAUUAUCCAUGAUGAAAAAUACUGUUUUUAGCCGAGUUCAGGAAAAUCUUGAGUUUAAAAAGCUGUCAUUAGGUAAAACGGAUAUCUUUAUUACACUCUAGAAUCAAAAACCUCAAAACAGUUUUUGAAAUUAGCCUAAAAACGCUCGUUUUCAGGCUGUUACGUAGGUCAAGAACUAAUAGCCCGAACCCAUCAUACUGGCGUGAUUCGAAAACGACUGGUACCGUUUACAGCGACAGUCGAGAAUUGUGAAGGAUUUAUAAGGACAAAUGACAAUCAGCGUCGUGGCAAAGUGAUCCGAUCUCAUGGUUUAAAAGGCAUAGGCUUAAUAAGCCUAGAGCACUUUAACGAGCCGGUUUAUGUCAAGAAACAACCGAUAAAACCACGGAUACCUGACUGGUGGCCUGAGGAGCUCAAGCAGUUCAAAUCGUAG